AUGAAAUUGGCCCUAGUGAAGUUGCAAUUUCGAAGCUCGCAUAUAAUGAUACGCCGUGCUUACGGGGUCUUGAAAAACCAAUACAAGUAUCUGCAGCAAUUUAAAGAACUUCAAAUUGACAACGUGCCGGAUCUUCCGUAUCAUGAGACUGUGCCUCUUGCUUGGCAAAGUUUCAAAGGUACAAACACAAUUGAUGAGACGAAAGCACCAAUGGUGAUACUUCAUGGCAUUCUUGGCCAUAAGCAGAAUUUUUCCUCUGUUGGGCGCCAUAUCUGUUCCAUUUCGAAACGAGAUGUGGUCGCCGUAGACAUGCGUAAUCACGGUGCCACAAUGCUUGCAGCGCCCCAUGAUUACAUGAGCAUGACAAGAGAUGCAAUUGCUUUUGUUGAGCUGAACUUUCAAAAACCUGUGGUGUUGGCAGGAUACCUGAUGGGCGCAAAGGUGGCUAUGUUAGCCACGCUCUUCAGACCCGAGUUGUUUGAGAAGUUGGUGGUUAUAGACAAUAGUCCCGUGGACCAACCUCUCGAGUCCCAGUUCUUAACCAUUCUUGUGGGUAUGGCUUAUGUGGAAAGAGAUGAAUCGGUCAAGGGUUUAAGAGGGUCUUCUUUGAUCCGGAGAAUCGACCAGAUUCUUGCGCCUUUUGAAAAGAGAAAAAUCGUGCGCCAGUACUUGACCUCGAGUUUGAAUAGGAAACUGACCGAAGAAGACAAAAAUCUGGGCCGCACUUACAAGGUGCCUAUAUUAAACUUCUUGAAAGACCGUACUCUUGAACAAUUAGAACUCUGGCCAGAUGAGGCUGACGGCUUGCAAUACAGUGGUCCUGUUCGGGUGAUGCGCGGUUUGAAGUCUCCAUUUGUUACUGAUACAAACUUAAAAAGAGAUUUUCCAAAGUACUUUCCUCAUGUUCUGGUUACAGAUUUCAAUGCUGGUCACUGGCUCAUGAGCGAGCAGCCAGAAAGAUUUGUUCAUCAAUUAUUGGCAUUUUUGGAAAGAUGA